AUGGAGUCGAUGCAGUAUGACCGUUUCACCUCAUCAGAGUCAGACAGCACUGAGCUUUAUCAUAAUAAACCUCCUGCAUUCACACCCAACCCACAGAACCGUCGGAUUUACGUCAUGUUUGGCGUGCUCACAGUCUUCCUGCUCCUGCUGACUCUCACAGUGGGAAUUAAAAUCACUCAGGUGAACCAGCAGGUGUCAGACAUCGUCUCUUCGCUGCAGAUCGUCAGAACUUCGAUUAAAGCUUCUCAGACAGAUUAUCUUGCACAUCGUGAACCUGCAGUGCCGCUCCCAGUGACAGGUCCCUGUGAGGAUAACUGGGUCUUUUACAAAACCAAGUGUUAUUACGUGUCCACUCAGAAGAAGAGCUGGCACAUUGCAGAGAAGGCCUGCAUCCAGCAAAGGGCUCACCUGCUGGUGGUGAACGACCUUGAGGAGAUGGAGUAUAUAUCUCAGGUGGUCGAAGACCAUCUGAAUUUUUGGAUCGGUCUGGUUGAGAGAGAGGGCGAGGGAAACUGGAGCUGGGUCGAUGGAACGGACUAUAAGACCACUGAGAAGCUCUGGGAUGAAGGACAGCCGGAUGAUUGGCAUAUCCGUGUGAAUGGAGAAGACUGCGGGCAGAUUCAUGCAAAACAAAACUUUCCUUCCACGACAACACACAGGCUGUGGAAUGAUGCUGACUGUACAUUGAGUUAUCAUUAUAUAUGUGAAAGACCUGCAUAG